AUGAAGAUGUUCCUUGUUCCAAUAUUUCUCCUUGCUUCAGCUCUCUCCUUUUGCUUCGCAGCCGCUAGAUUGCCGGAUUCUGAAGUGCAAGCUUUACGUUACAUAGCGAAGAGUUUAAGGAAGACGGACUGGAAUUUCAGCGUAGAUCCAUGCACUGGACAAUUUGGAUGGCUCGACCCACCACUAGAAUUAUUUGAGAAUAAUCUUACCUGCAGUCCUGGCUGCUCCAAUGGAACUGAGUGCCACGUUGUCAGCAUAAUUCUCAAAGCACAAAGUCUCCCCGGCACACUCCCACCAAAUUUGACUGGGUUGCCUUUCCUCCAACGAAUUGACCUCACCCGCAACUACCUUAACGGUUCAAUCCCUCCGGGAUGGGGUUCUUCCACGCAGCUGGUCAACAUUUCCCUUCUUGGAAACCGGUUAACGGGUUCUAUCCCCAAAGAGCUGGCAAACAUCCCAACUCUAAAAAACUUUACGGUGGAGUUCAAUCAGCUUUCCGGAAAUCUUCCUCCAGAGCUUGGCAAUAUGCCCUCCAUAGAAAGAUUUUUCCUCAGCUCGAAUAAUUUUACUGGGGAGCUGCCUGAUUCAUUUGCAAGGCUGAAAACAUUGACGGACUUUCGGAUCAGCGACAAUCAAUUUUCUGGAAAGAUACCCAAUUAUAUUGGAAACUGGAAAAAUCUUGCAAAACUAGUGAUUCAAGCAAGUGGUUUGAACGGGCCAAUUCCUCCUGGCAUUGCUUUUUUGGAAAACUUAACGGACUUGAGAAUUAGUGACUUGAAUGGAUCUGAAGAACCUUUUCCACGACUUGAUAAUCUGAAACAGUUGGAAACACUGAUAUUGAGGAGUUGCAAUAUUACUGGAGGACUACCUGAAUAUCUCGGGAAUAGGACAACGUUGAAAACCUUAGAUCUCAGCUUUAACAAACUAAGUGGAGAAAUCCCAGACAACUUUGUCGGUCUCGAUAAGAUAAAGUUCCUAUAUUUAACCGGCAACUUGCUAACUGGAGAAGUGCCUCAUUGGAUGUGGACUGAUCAAGGGAGCGGCAACCGCAACAUUGAUCUUUCAUAUAACAAAUUUACGUUUGAGGCAUCUGAGUUGUCAAAUUGUCUACAUAGUUUGAACUUGUUUGCAAGCUCUUUGAUUGGCAAUAACUCGUAA